AUGGACCAGCAACACGUCUACCACUAUCAUCAUCAUCACUAUCACUAUCAUUACACCUACCCUUUCCCGCCUGGUAUACCUCCGAAUGCCCCGCAAAACGAUGAGGGUCUGAACCAAGAGGCGGCCGAUCACGAAAACGACGAGGCGUUGGCUGAAGAUGAGGAGGAAGGGAAUGAAGAGGAGAAUGAAGAGGAGAACGAGGAGGGGAAUGAAGAGUGGAAUGAAGAGGAGCGCAGUGAGAGAGGUGAUACCGAAGACCAGCAAACCCCCAAGGAUCGCUCUCCCAGCCCAGUCCAGCAGGAUGAGCCUCUCACAAAGCUCGGCGACCCGAGCAGAGUUGGCCUUGCAGUAUUUGAUGACUACUUUAGCAUCUUCAACCUCGACGCCCAAUCCGCCAAAGCUCAGGCUCGCUGGGCAAAUCCUCAAUCCAACAACGAAGAUCAUUCUGAAGGUCCCCCGAGAAAGAAGGCCAGAACCAGCGCCAACCCCGAGCAGCCCAUUUCUCGCGGGGAAGCCAGCAACAGUGCUACUCGAACUCAAAAGAGCGACCACAUAACGAUCGUCGACAAGGCCCUCGUCAUCGACUCAGACAAAGCCUUUCGUGUCUUCAACUGCGACCCAUCGGGUCCACAAGUCAACAUCUGCUAUCGCGUUCCCGGCCCGCGAAACCUAUGGCUCGGAAGAAUCGGCGAUCCUACUGGUGAACCCCUCAAGGCCAUCAUGUCUUUGAUGGGCGCUGAGAGAAAGCCGGGCUUUGGUCUCACCACCUUCAUAAUGUCACCUGCGGAUGCAGAAGGCACGAUCUCUAUGAUCUUGUGCAGUUCUAGCGAUCGCAGUCACGAUGAAUUCGAGCGUGGAGAUGGUCACGUUCACGACGCUGAUCAACCGGACACUCCAACAAUCAGAGGCCGUCCUCGACACUCUGAAGAUGAUACACCUGACAUGGAAGAUGAGCCGCGCACUGAAGAAACUGUAGUCAACGUCGUUGACGAGCUGCCGCGAAGUGGUCUGGUCAUCUUUGAUGACUGUGUCAGUCUCAUUCGCGUCGACAAUCUCUCUGAAAGAGCGCGCAAUCGCUGGCGCGAAGAAGAACAGCAACACCAAGAACAAUCCCAAGAAACCCAACCUCAGAGCCAAAUCCCCCCAUCGAUCUACGACGGCUCAGCCCCCAUCCUCUCCAGUCCCCGCCUAACCCAAAUCUCCCGCGCCUGCAUCAUCGCCUCACACGGCUUCUACGUCGUCAACUGCGAUACUUCAGGACCUCAGCCCAGAUGGAAGCGAUACAGAUCGUACGCCUUCGAUCACGCCGGGGAUGACGCUGUCGUGCUUUCGGAGGGGGCCGUCGGGGGAAUCCUCAACGUCAACAUCAGCGACCCUGACAGCAUGCCUACCAAGCGCACCAAGUCACGCGCGGAACGUCGCCGCAGGAAGGCUCUGCGCCGUGCCCAAGGGAAUGAACUACAAAACAUCGCGGUCCCCGGCCCUGCCAAGGCAGAAAAUGACGCUCCAACGCUCUCCAAAGUUCCCAGCCAAAACAUCGGUGCACAGAAUGCGAGUCGCGCUCCCCAGGCGGAUGCGCCUGUUCAAGCUGAAGCCACUCGAUAUGUCACCCCCCAGGGCGACACGAGCCAGGAUGAUGCAGGCGCCUCUUACUGGCGUCCCCGUGUUCCAUCCUACAAUCUGCUACGCAUUCUUCCAGCCGUCGAAAUCUCAACUGACCCCAAACUCCUCAUCCGGAACCCUCGCAAAGAUGGCCCACAGAUUGACAUCUGCGCCCGAAUACCUGGCACCCUGAACAACUGGGCCGCACACGUCAGCUGUUAUGAUAGCCUGCACGAUCUCUACGAUUGGAUCCUUGGAAAAUUGGGAGAAGAGCAUCCCGAGAUGUUGAUGUACGUGUCGGACAUUCGCACUGGAUUCGUCAACUUCCACCAAAUGCCCCUAUUGUCACUCAUUGAACCCUUGAGUUUUAUUAUCAUCAGCAACCCGGGAGGUUAUCUGCCAUGGAACUGGAUGGAACCUCCUUCGGAAUAUACUUCUUCUUGUCCGGCUGUGCCUCGGCUUCAUGGUGUUCUGGGUCCUGAGGGUUCGAAAUGGCUGAGGCUCUGUCGACGCAGCUUUGCCCUCACAGGCCCUUCGACAGUCGUUACUGCACCAGACAUACCGACACUGGGUCAUGAGACUCUCGGGGAAGUGGUUUUUAAGGAUUGUGGAACUUUAUGGAGGCAGGAAAUACUGGCAAUAGAGGACCCGGAACUGAAUGUCUCCUUCUUUCAUGAUAUCCUCCGAGUGAAAGGUCGCACUUGGAACUUAGGUCGCCGUAUAAGUCGCCGUCUACGUCGCCGUCGCCGUACAGCAAGUUCAACGUCGGGUCCCCAAACCCAAGGCGCAGACACACAAAUCCGGAGAGUCAAUGUGAUUCUCCAACCCAACGGCGAAUUGUCAGCGCCCCGUCCCCGAACCCCAGACAGAGAAACACAAUUCUUGAGAGUCAAUGUGAUUCUCCAACCCAACGACGAGUUGCGUAUAGUCGUCAAUAACACACACCCCGACGACCCUCCCACUAACCACUUCGCCGACUUCGAGAGCGCAGACGAAAUGCGAGACGGCACUUCAUUCUACGCCACUAGGGACACUAUACUUAGUAUGUUGCACAGAAUUCGGUCAUUGGUUUAUCCUGAUGGGACUGAAUUCGAUGUCGAUGUGGAGGAACCGCAUGGUCGCGCGCUAUGGAUCGUUGUCUAG